AUGGAAUAUGUAGUCAAAACCAAGGCAGUUUUGACAAUCAACAGCUUUGAGAAGGGUGGAGAUGGCGGUGGCCCCUCAGAAUGCGACAACAAUUACCACUCAGACGACACUCCGGUGGUGGCAUUGUCCACUGGCUGGUUCAACAAUAUGCAGAGAUGUCUUCAGAACAUAACCAUAUAUGGUAAUGGGAGAAGUGUGAGUGCAAUGGUUGUGGAUGAGUGUGAUUCAACAGCAGGGUGUGAUGCUGAUCAUGAUUAUCAGCCUCCUUGUCCUAAUAACAUUGUUGAUGCUUCUAAAGCUGUUUGGAAGGCAUUAGGAGUCUCCAAAGGUGACUGGGGCGAAUUGGAUAUUUACUGGUCUCAAGCUUGAUUUCCCUUUAUCUCCAUACAUAUUAUGUUAUAUCUUGUAAAUUUGCACUGCAUUGUGAUUGAGAUUGUUGCAUUUUUAUUAUGGUUCUGUUUUAUUUUCUUGUAAUAUACUCCUUUUCAUUGGCAGUAAGUAGUUGUUCCUUCAUGUUGUUUAAUGAAAAGAUACAUAUUGUGAAA